AUGUCAUGUACACAAUGUUUAUCAACCUACACCUUCCAGGCCUGUUAUGGUAAUGGGUUUGAAGACUACAUGAAACCCUCUUGCCCACAAGGACAAAAGAUAUAUGUGUAUGACGUCUACACAUAUUCUAAAAGAAAGGACCGGAACUGCCCUGCUAUUUCUUAUGCUACAAACCGGAACAUAACUUAUUGUUGCAAUUACGUCAACGAAACAGAGGAUUGUGGGAAGAGGUAUUAUGGUACAGCAGUGCCUUAUGAACAUGAACAUUAUUCCAGAUGUUCAGGUCGUCAGAACUGUUUACAGGGAGUUCAAGUCUCCUGGAACUAUACGUCAGACGUCUGUGACAGCAAUAUAUUCAUGGAGAGGUCUAAUUACAUGAAAAUGUGGUACAACUGCCUACCAGAUUCUGACGUGAUAUCCAUCAGUAAUGCCUCACAAACAGCACAGUCAAUCUUCCUCUCCAGCGCAGGAUAUCCGUUAGAAAUGUCGCCUUGUGGCACUACCUCCGGAGCUACGUGCAAGGUCACGGCAAGCAGAGACUCCACAAUUCGUAUCACGGGAUUCGAUCUGCAGUUCAGUGAGAAUUCGGGUGUUUGUAAACAAAGACUUUUCAUAACAGAUGGCGCUUCGACUACUGACGUUGCGUGUGAUGACGUCAACAAUUUUGCUCGAACAACUCUGUAUACGAGUAAUUCCAGCAGCAUCGAUAUACGAUUAGAUAAUACAGAUACGUCAACGGCUGGAAAAUUUUGGAUUCAAGUUGAGGCCACCAAUUCCUCGGAGCAGGUAACAGUGAUCUGCCAAAAUUCCACACCAGCUGUUUCGUGCAACGACACUUUCACCAUACUCAAUCCGGCAAUUAGCACUAACGAGACGACAUCGUUUUCACUUUCGACUUCCGCCAUUGAUAUCACGACAAGCGUCUCGUCAACCACCUAUCAAUCUCUGACGGGUGUAAUGAGUAGUACCGAGGCCUUAACAGCAAUCAGUGCGACAGUACCUGUCACCAGUUCACUAAAGACAACAACAAAUUUAACAAGUUCUGGUAAAUCAACGUCUUAUACCGUGACAGAAAAAUCAACGAUCAGAACUCCAUCUAGUUCAGCAGAGACUACUACAGAUUUUGCGUUAACAAAAACCAGUUCAAUAUUCAAUUUCACUUCUUCUAUCAGUGUCACAUAUACUACGACAGACGCAUCACGUGGUCCAUCUGGAGUUUCUAAUCAAACAACAUCUGGAGUUUCUUAUCAAACAACAUUGGGAGUUUCUAAUCAAACGCCAUCUGUAGUUUCUAAUCAAACGUCAUCUGGAGUUUCUAAUCAAACAGCACUCGGAGUUUCUAAUCAAACGCCAUCUGAAGUUUCUUAUCAAACAGCACCUGGAGCUUCUAAUCAAACGCCAUCUGGUGUUUCUUAUCAAGCAACAUCGGGAGUUUCUAAUCAAACGCCAUCUGGAGUUUCUAAUCAAACUCCACUUUCCUAUAUAAAUGGAACACUUGUUGCUACUACUUCGCAACCAAAAAUCAAAAAUAAUGAAAACAAAGGUCAAAGUAGUGGAGACUCUGCUCUUUUACCAGCUCUAGGAGCAAUGCUGGCAUCCAUAGCAAUGGCAGGCCUAAUGUUUUACCUUUAUUGGAAAUAUAAGAAAAAGAAGACGCAUCAAGUAUUGGAUGACACCAUUGAUCCUGCUCUACAGAGCCAUCUACCGGUGAUCUCUAGCCUUCCUCCAGCAAGGGAAGUAACAAUGGCGUGGGAUGACAAGGGAAGUAAUUCUAAUAAAGGGCACUCGUCCAGUAAAUACGAAAAGGAACCAACCUUGAUCAGUCUGAUGAUUCACGAAUAA